AUGGUAACGGUAUUUUAUGCUCCUCGCGUACUGCCCGUAGAGGCUAUAAAACUUGCUCCGGGGUAUGGCAAGAAGAUCGAGUCACUAGGAAGAAUGACGGCUAUGACGCAGGAGGAGAUGGUGGCCGGAGCCCGCACUGUGGCUGCCGGCCUCGAGGCCCUGCGGGCUGAGCACACGCAACUGCUCGCCGGCCUGGCCGCGAACACUGAUCAUGAACAUGAGAAGGCGGCUCUCGUGAGGAAGAGCAUUGAUGCUAUUGAGCUCGGAUUGGGGGAAGCACAGGUGAUGAUGGCCCUCGCCUCCCACCUGCAAUCGGUUGAGGCGGAGAAACAGAAGCUGCGCACCCAGGUGCGACGCCUUUGCCAGGAAAACGCCUGGUUGCGUGAUGAACUGGCUGCUGCCCAGCAGCGGCUCCAGGCAUCAGAACAGCGUGUUGCACAGCUGGAAGAGGAGAACAAACAUCUGGAGUUUAUGGCUUCUAUACGUAAAUACGAUAGCGACAUAACCGAGGAAAACGAUAAUCACCGCAGCGGACAGACUGACAACAAGCGGGAUGAUCCAAUGGUGGAUCUCUUCCCUGAUGAUGACCACGAGGAUAACAGGAAUAAUAAGUCGAUGUCUCCAACACCGCCAUCCCAAUUCGCGCAGCAGGUGAACGCGGGGUACGAGAUCCCUGCCCGUCUGCGGACAUUGCACAACUUGGUGAUCCAAUACGCGUCUCAGGGCAGAUACGAGGUGGCAGUGCCUUUGUGCAAACAGGCCCUGGAAGACCUGGAGAAGACCUCCGGACAUGAUCACCCAGAUGUCGCCACUAUGCUUAAUAUUUUGGCGCUGGUUUACAGGGAUCAAAGUAAAUACAAAGAAGCAGCAAAUCUUCUGAACGAUGCUCUCUCGAUCCGUGAGAAGACCCUCGGAGAAAACCAUCCAGCCGUUGCCGCUACGCUCAAUAAUCUGGCUGUUUUGUAUGGGAAAAGAGGCAAGUACCGUGAAGCCGAGCCAUUGUGCAAGCGUGCUUUAUGUAUCCGCGAGAAUGUAUUGGGUCGCGAUCACCCCGAUGUCGCCAAACAACUCAACAACUUGGCACUACUUUGUCAAAACCAGAACAAAUACGAAGAAGUGGAACAGUACUACCAGCGUGCAUUGGAAAUCUAUGAAGGCAGAUUGGGAGUUGACGAUCCCAACGUGGCUAAGACCAAGAAUAACCUCGCUUCUUGCUAUCUCAAACAGGGCAAAUACAAGGAAGCCGAAACUCUUUACAAACAAGUGUUGACUCGUGCCCACGAAAGGGAAUUCGGGACUAUUGAUGAUGACAACAAGCCGAUCUGGCAAGUGGCUGAAGAGCGAGAGGAAAACAAACAUUUGCAGAAGGAGAAUGCUCCGUAUGGAGAAUAUGGUGGAUGGCAUAAGGCUGCCAAGGUAGACUCUCCAACAGUAACCACCACAUUGAAGAACCUGGGCGCCCUCUACCGGCGUCAGGGCAAGUACGAGGCAGCUGAAACACUCGAAGACUGUGCUUUGCGUAGCCGAAAAGAGGCCUUGGACGUCAUGAAGCAGUCCCGAGGACGUGGACGAGCUCGCGACUCGCUCGAACAGAACGACGAAGAAAUUACGGUCGGUUGA